AUGAGGCCCACGUCAAGUAAAUAUUCACAUAUCGAGCGCACAGCCGCCGAGCCAAGAGAUCCUUCGUUACAUACCGUCGUGUUGAACCGGGUUGAGGAAGUAAACGAGAGCAUUCGACUAUUCCGCCUCGGAAUAUUUGAAGGAUCGAGUAUCAAGUUUCUCCCGGGCCAAUGGCUUGACAUCUUCGUCCCGGGCGUCCUGAACCCAGGCGGCUUCACCAUCACCAGCCCGCCUUCCAUAGCCAUGCUCCCGUCCUCGGCGUACCUUGAACUCGCAGUGCAAUAUUCGCCGUCAAAUCCACCCGCCAUUUGGCUUUGGGGCAAUCCCGUCGACGGCAGCGAUGCCGUCCACAGUCACAACUCCGAGAAUGAACCGGUGCAGCUCCGUGUACGAGUCGGCGGGUCCUUUGUGUGGCCACCGCAAAGCAUUGACCUUACCACUCUACGCCGUGUGGUUUUCGUUGCAGGUGGCCUGGGUAUAAACCCGCUGAUGAGCAUCCUCAGCCAUCUUGCCGAGAGAGGUGGAAGCCGGUAUGACGUACAGUUUUUAUACUCGACAAAGACGCCGGCUGAGGGUCUGGAGCCAGGGAAGAUACUGUUUUUGGAACGGUUGUCAGCUACCUACGGGCGGAAAAAGGUUCGAGGACAGCUAAAACUAUUCCUCACCCACAUACAGGGGACAUCUGGGCCCAGCGAAACAGUACUGCUAUGCAAUGAGGUAGAAGUUCCUUUUAAGAGGCGCCGUAUGACUCUAGAAGAUAUCGCAGAGGCAUUGGGGCCGGAAGAGGAGCACAAAUGGGCGGUGGUGUAUGUUUGCGGUGUGCCAACCAUGACGGACGAGUUUUUAGGAAAGAUCACAUCCCCACAUGGGUUGGGUUUGGGGCGCGAGCAAGUCCUUUACGAGAAGUGGUGGUAA